CAAGAUUUUCUCUCCUCCUCCAACUCCCUGAUCCCUCGAUCACAACCACCCACCUACACAACUCCUCUCUCUCGUUUCCUUUUGAAAGUCACCUGUUCUUUCGGAGGGUCUCACACUUUACGACCGUCGACGUCUACCUCUCUUUAUACAAGAGAUCGAAGGAAGCAACCAGUCUUCUUUUCUAAUACCCUCGAUCGCGUUUCGAUUCCAUAGAUUUUUUCAGCUUCGUCUUUCCCACGCUCUCUUCUUAGAUCUCCCGAUCUUUUAGAGCGCUAGAACGACUUUUCUGUUUCUGCCUUCUGCCGUCUUAUCUGCGACGAUAAUAUCAUCACGAAGCCAACACGACACAACGUCACUUUUCAGCCUCACGAAAACCUGACAACCACCCAACAUGGCCGACCAAGUAACAAAUGCCAUGGGCAACCUCAACAUGAACAACGGACCUCAGGGCAACUCCUACAUCCCUCCUCACAUGCGAGGAAAGAUGGGAGGGCCAGGACCAGCUGGGCCUAUGCCAGGCGGACCUGGUCCCAUGGCCAACAACGGCGCCUGGGCUGCCAACGGAUCGUAAGUAUUUCUUUUCUCGAUGCGCGUCUUACUUUGGCGCAGAUAGUGAUAGCGUCGCGCGUAUGUUUGAUACCUUUGCUAAUACUUUACCAACAGCAACGGAUACGGCGGCCCCCCUCAAGGAGGAAACUGGGGACCUAACGCUCAAGCACAAGCAUUCACUCCUGGACAAGGUGGACCACCACCACGUGGCGGGCCUGGAGGUUGGGACCACUCUGGUGCUGGAAACUUCAACCCAAGAAGUUAUGGAAACCCAGGAGCUGGCGGCGGUGGUGCUCCUCGCGGCGGUGGCGAUGGCAGAUGGGUUGAUGGUAAGCACAUCGCUGGACCUGCCAACGCACGCAUUGAGCGAGAGCUCUUUGGUGUCCCAGAUGACCCAACCAAGCAACAAACCGGUAUCAACUUCGAGAAGUACGAUGAUAUCCCAGUCGAAGCUUCUGGACACGAUGUCCCCGAACCAGUCCUCAAGUUCACCAACCCACCACUCGAUGACCACCUCAUUAAGAACAUUGAGCUUGCUCACUACAAGGUCCCAACUCCAGUGCAAAAGUACUCUAUUCCAAUCGUCAUGGGCGGUCGUGAUUUGAUGGCUUGUGCUCAAACUGGUUCCGGAAAGACUGGUGGUUUCUUGUUUCCUAUCCUUUCCCAAGCUUUCCUCACUGGCCCCUCAGCAGCACCAGCAGGAGCUGGCGGUAACUUCGGCCGUCAACGCAAAGCCUACCCAACCUCCCUCAUUCUCGCACCCACUCGUGAGUUGGUUUCUCAGAUCUACGAGGAGUCCCGAAAGUUUGCCUACCGAUCAUGGGUUCGACCAUGUGUUGUUUAUGGUGGUGCAGAUAUUGGUUCUCAACUCCGCCAAAUUGAACGAGGAUGUGAUCUCUUGGUUGCAACUCCAGGUCGUCUCGUCGAUCUUAUCGAGCGUGGCCGUAUUUCUUUGUGCAACAUCAAGUACUUGGUUCUUGACGAGGCUGAUCGUAUGUUGGACAUGGGUUUCGAACCACAAAUUCGAAGAAUUGUUGAGGGAGAAGAUAUGCCAGGCGUUCAGAACCGUCAAACUCUCAUGUUCUCCGCCACCUUCCCUCGUGACAUUCAAAUGCUCGCCAGAGAUUUCUUGAAGGACUACAUCUUCUUGUCCGUCGGCCGUGUUGGUUCUACAUCCGAGAACAUCACCCAAAAGGUUGAGUACGUUGAGGAUAUGGACAAGCGAUCCGUUCUCCUCGACAUCAUCCACACUCAUGGAACUGGUCUCACUUUGAUUUUCGUUGAAACUAAGCGAAUGGCUGAUUCCCUUUCGGACUUCUUGAUCAACCAAAACAUUCCAGCAACCUCCAUCCACGGUGAUCGUACCCAACGUGAGCGUGAGCGUGCUCUUGAGAUGUUCAGAAAUGGACGUUGCCCAAUCCUUGUCGCCACUGCUGUUGCUGCCAGAGGUAAGUUGCUACAAAUUGUUUUCCUUUCCUAAAUUCGGCUAUUGCUCGGCGUACACCGGAAUUUCUAUUAUUUCAAUUACAAUCAGUGAUUGUUCCAAAGAAUUGGAUCAAUGGAGAGUUGGACUUUCUAAUUGACCCAGCUAUUUGGAAUCUUCAAAUGGUCCAAGGUGACUUGACACGUGACUUGACACAAUUUGUCCCCAGGUGUAUACAGAAGUUGCAGGGCCUCUUGCAUGUUACAGUUCUUUAUUCUAAUUCUUGCACAGGACUUGACAUACCAAAUGUGGUACAUGUCGUCAAUUACGAUCUUCCAACUGAUAUUGACGACUAUGUCCAUCGCAUUGGUCGUACCGGUCGUGCUGGUAAUGUUGGAAUUGCCACAGCUUUCUUCAACCGAGGCAACCGAGGUGUUGUCCGCGACUUGAUUGAACUUCUCAAGGAAGCCAAUCAAGAGGUUCCAGCUUUUCUCGAAAACAUUGCUCGUGAGGGCUCUGGAUUUGGUGGAGGCCGCGGCGGUGGACGAUCAGGUGGUGGCCGUGGACGUGGCGGCGGUGCCAGCCGUGAUGCUCGAAAGGGUGGAUUCGGAGGUGCCGGCGGCGGUGGAUACGGUAGCCAACAAGGUGGCGGAUACGGAGGUGGCUUUGGAGGACCAGCUGGUGGUGCUGGAGGUUACCCAGGUGGUGGUGGUGGUGGUGGUGGUGGUUAUGCCCCACCUCAACAAUACGGUAUGUCUACAUCCCAGCAAUCCUUGAUAAUUUGAUUCCCAAACUAACAUUACAUCAGGUAACCAACCAAGCGCCAACUCUUGGUGGUAGAAGUCUCACCCUUGGACGAUCCUUUGUUUCUACCUAGACUUGUCUUGCCUCUCACGACGCGGUACUAUACUAGAAUUUUGGGGCAAAGGCGUCAACGGAUAUCUUCAGGCUUUUCUGUCGAUACGAUUUCGUCCGUACACUCGAUUUCUUGUUUCUCAUUCUCUCGAUUCGAUAAUACGCCUCGCGCUCUAUUCCAUCUUUUUUGCGACUCCCUUUUUUCCGAUUUUCUAAUAGCGACACGAUCACGACUGGGCCGGCUCUUACCUGGUUGCAAACAGGAGCUGGCCUAAGCUUGUGAUCUCGACCAUCGAACGGCAUUCGAAUAGAUAGCGUUGUGCUUUGUUUCUGCCCGUCCCCUUUCGUCUCGAUACCCAAUAGAUGAUCCAGGGCGAUCUCUGGCAGCUGCAUUGGGCGCCACUUGCGGCGUACCAGUCAUGGUGCAUUAUAUUACCUGGGAAGGAAGUGAAUAUCCCUGGGUUUUCCGCAACGCAUUAUGACGGUUAUGUUCUCAAAAUCUUUCUGCUUUCAAGGCAUUCGAAGGUCAUUUGCCACUACUUUUAGAAGAUCCUGCAUACGCUUUUCAUUUUCCGUCGGUUGUAUUUCUGUUUAGACAAAAGUGGAUGUUUUCCUGGAGCUCUUCGACCAAUUUGCGACGGAGAUACUUGGGAAUAGCGGCUUUUUUUUACCAUCCCUUGCGUGGGGCCGCGUCGACGCGCAGCAUGUCUUUUCUCUUCUCUUGAUUGAUAGAAGAGAGGCGAUUGAAGCUGGCUCUUACGCUGAUGGCAAACGGAAGUGCUCCUGCCCAUCCAGGCAUGAGGCACAAAACUUAGCAUAGAACCCAAGGAAGGUAAAAACUAUAUGUUUCGUUGGUGGAAAUAUGGGUGUCUAUUCUGAUCCAUCCUAAAUAAAAGAAAGUCUCUCCACA